AUGCUAGUAUUUUUUCUUUACGGUAUUUUUAAGAAGGUUAUUGCUGGGUUGCAGGUUACUGUCGGGGAAUCGGAAGUGGUGUUAGUUGGAACAUUGGUAAAAUUGAUUUUUGAUUUGAAAGACAACUAUUUUGGGCUUUACGACCAGGUAUCUGAAAUUGACUCAGCUGCGGUCAACGCAGAUCUACUGCGCGGGGGAGGUUGUGAAGAUGUUUUUACCGUUGAAAAUUUCCGUCCGACUAAUGUACGCUUCUGCUUUCGCUUGCUUAAAUCAUUAGCACACUGUGCUAUCCAUUGUCACGAGGGUUCUUAUUUUGACUCAGACGAAUGUCCAAUUUUAACUGUAAAUGAGUUUGUCGUUGAACUUGUCAAAGAACCUUUAGGAGCUAUAGUACAGAUUAACGUUGGGGCUGCGCUUGUGCAGUUUGGAGGUUAUUCACUAGGUGAACAUCAUCAAGGCGGCUUUAUGUCGCUAGAUACUUUUUCUUUCCGGGCUCAAGGGUUUUACUCUGAGAUUGAUGUCCCUUGGGAUGUUUCUUCUGUUGAAUAUGCUUGGCUUACAGAAGUUGUCCUAGGAAGAUUAUCUGGAUGUUUUACUCCUGGCCAGGUAUUAUUGACUUCUGAUUUUUUGGAAUCGCUUCUUUUGUUAUCGUUGUCGCCGGAUGAACAGCUGUUUACCCCUUCAAGGUACCAUUUAUGCCAGCAUUUCAACGACAUUAAUACGUGUUCCCGCUCAGCGUUGUGUCUUAUUGAUGGGGAUGGCAAAGUUCAAAAUUGUGAAUCUGAGGAAAAAGUGAGUGUUGUGUCGUCCCACUUCUGAUG